GAUGUCACCCUCCCCCCUCUCGCCCGCUAGCAACCCGCAGAACCCCGCGCGCGCGCCGGCCGGUCAUCUUGCUAGUACCGUGCGCGCGAGCACACGCUUUUAUCGUGAAUAAUUUGUGCAGUUUGUAUUUUUCAACGUAAACAAUUAGUUAAUUUAAAUAAAACGUAAUGGAUGAACAAUUUAUUGAAUCAGUAAAAAAAUAUCCAUGUCUAUGGAACACAUCAAUAGAUACCUAUAAACUUACUGACGUCAAAGAUGCAGCUUGGGAGAACGUUUUGAAAGAAACUCAAUUAUCUGACGUAAAAACGGCUAAAUCUAAGUGGAAAAAGUUGAGAGACAGCCACCGGGACGCAUUAAAAAGGAAGAAUGCCACUAGAAGUGGACAGAGUGGUAAACAAAUUCGUGAAUGGAAAUAUGAGAAGGUAAUGGAAUUUUUGAUACCAUAUAUGACGAAUAGAAACAGGACUACAAAUUAUACCUCACAAACAAAUAUAAAUGAACAGGAAACAAAUUCAUUGGAAAGUAAUGUAACCGAUGAGUUUUUUGAAACAUCAAGCAAUCAUACAAGAAGCACUCCAGAAGAUCGUCCAUCUGUACAACAUUCGCCGUCACCGACAUCAAGCGUCUCAGCCUCGACAUGCAGAAAUGCAACAAGAAAAUCGGAUGAAAUAAGUAAUUUACUUAUACAGCACCAUGCAAACCGUGAAAGAAUACGCCAAGAAAAACUAGAAAUACAAUCAUUGAUAGAGAAAAAUAAUACCCUUGACGAAAUGGACACUUUUUUUCUGUCGAUAUCAAAAAGUGUAAAAAAACUUUCUCAAUAUAUGCAGCUUCAGGCUAAACGUAAAAUUUUCAAUGUUCUUUUAGAAUUGGAAGAACUUGAGCUACAAAACACAUGGUAUAACACAAAUGAAAAUAAUUGGUAUUCCCCCGGUUACACUUCAGCACCGGGUCCAAGUUCGACACCGGGUCCUAGCUCAACACAGGCACCGGUUCUUACAUCAACACAGGCCGGUGGUCCUAACUCAACACAGGCACCGGUUCCUAGCUCAACACAAAUACCGGGUCCAAGUUCGACACAGGCACCUGUUCCAAGCUUGGAAGAUACGCACAUGACCGAUGAACAGAUAGAAGCAUUCAGAAACGAAGAAGACACAUAUGAUAAUUUGUAACUAUAUGGAAAAGAAAGCAAUAUGUCUCAUGUGAUUUACUGUUAUAAUUUUUUUGUACGUUAUGUUUCUAAUAUAACCUUACGUUUUUUUUGCUACUGCCAGAAAGGCAGUUGGUUUUUUUGUUUUCUUUAUGAAUAAAUAAGAUAAUAUAAAAAUA